AUGCAAGCGCCCGACCUGCCUCAGUCUUAUGACAGCCUCGAACAGUUGACUGACGACCUGACCGAUUUCAUUCAAACUCCACUGGUGCGCCAGAUCACAGGCGGCGUCCACGUGAAUGAUGCCUUCAUCGAAGAUGCCUGGAGCAAGCUUCCAGCAGAAUGGACCAAUCAUUGGGACUCAAUUCCAGAUUCUCGAAUCGCACAGCGAGACAUGAUCGACAGCAUCGACGAAGAUGAACGCACACGUCAGUCUGGUAGCCAUGAGAGCGCUACGAGCCGGCCCGGGUCCCUUGUAUCAUGGCUGGAGAAGCUGAGGUCGGUCUCUUUGCCUCGAAGUCAGCGCAAAGGGCCGGUUUUAACCCUUCCCGAAAUUCUCACCGACCGCAUGGAGACAAAGAAACUCAACGAGGUGUCUGUUGCGGCGCCUUACAUCCAUUCCAUUUGCCAAGCGAGCGGCAUCACUCACGUCGUGGAGAUGGGCUCUGGGCAGGGCUAUCUCUCAAACACGCUUGCCUACCUCUUCCCGUCUCUCCGUGUCCUGGCCAUCGACGGCAGUGAGUCUCAGAUUGCCGGAUCGAAGGCCUUUGCCACGUCUCUCGGUAUCACAGAAAACAGGAUACAACAUUUUGUUCGAUAUAUUGACGGCUCGAUGACACUGGCUUCGGAGAUAGAUGUUUGGGCGGCAGGGCAGAAGUGCCUGCUCGUGGGACUUCACGCCUGCGGCAAUCUGUCCGAGCACAUGCUUAGGUACUUCGCUACAUGCCUCUCCAUUACUCACCUGGCAGCCGUUGGGUGCUGCUAUAACCACAUCGUGAUACGCUCAGACAGCUACCCGGAUGGCUUUCCCAUAAGCGAGCGGCUGCGGAAGCGGAACGUCACUCUGACGCCCACGGCUUUAAUGGCGGGUUGCCAGGCCCCCAACAAUUGGGCGAGGACAGACUUGAACAAGCCCAAGUCCAUGUAUUCCAGGAAGCAGUUUUACCGUUCUUUGCUGGAGAAGAUAUUUCAUGAUAAAGGUAUUCAUAUCGACGACAAGCCGAACUGGGGAAUUAGGAAGAGCGACCUAGCCAACUUCGAGAGCUUUACAAGACGUGCGAUGGAAUGUCUAGGUGUCGAACAGAAUACGAUAUCGGAGAUGGACAUCGCCGAGUAUGAAACUCGGUACGCGAGCCAUGAGGGCAGGAUCUCCAUCCUGUGGACACUGAGUGUGCUGUGCUGCAAAGCAAUCGAGAGCGUCAUUGCUCUUGACCGUUACUGGUUCCUCGUCGAGCAUGGAGCUUGCAAUGUGGACAUUGUUCCCAUAUUUGAGUACAAGAUCUCACCGAGGAAUCUGAUGAUGGUCGCUGAAAAGCCUCACAAGUCUUUGAGUGCCGACGCCAAGGAAUGA